AUGAACAACAGCCUGAGGGAUGGCCAGGCCCCAAGCCACCGGCAGUGCCUCCCACCUCCUGUGGCUGGCACUCCCUCUGUUGCCAAGGUCACGCCAGCCAAGAAUACUUUUUUCAAGCAAGGGGAUCCCCAGUUUGCUGGGGUUCGCCUGGCCGUUCACCAACGCACCUUCAAGACCUUCAGCGCCCUGAUGGGACUGUCACAGCGUAUGCCUCUCUCCUUUGGGGUGCGCUCAGUCACCACCCCUCGGGGCCUGCAUGGCCUCAGCGCCCUGGACCAGCUGCAAGAUGGGGGUUGCUACCUCUGCUCCGAUAAGAAGAUCCCUAAGGUGCCCAGUGGGCCAGGCUGGCCACCAGGAAGAAGACCCUUCACUCUGCAGACAAGGGGUUUUGAAGGUGGGCGUGAGGCACCAGGAACACCUUCUUCCUUGAAGGAUACUACAACCCCAAGGAGGAUAACGCUGGUGAAGAAUGGAGACCCCAGAACCCAGCAGACAAUGGUUCUCAGUCACAAGAACACUAGGAACCUGACAGCCUUCCUCAGCAGGGCCUCUGACCUUCUGCACUUUCCUGUGAAGCAGGUGUACACCGUCAGUGGGAAAAAGGUGGACUGUCUGCAGGCUUUGCUACACAGCCCCUCUGUGCUAGUUUGCACUGGGAAUGAGGCUUUCAGACCUCUGGCGAUGGAAGAAGCUGAAAGAAACAGGACCAGAACUUUAUCUGGACUGACUUCACGGAACAAAAGUGGUUGCUGGGGGCCGAAGGCCAAGCAGAGCGUGAUCCAUUCAAGGUCCAGGUCCAGUGGCAAACCACAGCAGUUUUCUUUGCUGUCAGAGAGGUCUGGUCUCAGUGACCACCCAGAGUCUGGGCAUUGUGCCUGGGUGGGGCCAGCCCCUGAUGGGCAACCUCAGGACACAUCUGCCCCCACUGGCACCUUAGUGGCUGGUGACAACAUGGAGAAGAAGGUCCACAUGAAUGAGGAUGGCAGCCUGUCUGUGGAGAUGAAAGUCCGCUUCCAGCUCCUGGGCGAGGAUGCCCUGCUGUGGUCCCAGAGGGUGGGGUGUGCUGGCAUCCUCACGGCAACCAGUGGAGGGCCUCCAGUCCUGGGAGAGGCCAACCCUCUCUGCUGCAGAAAGGAAGGCCACUCUUGGGGCUUCUCAGAGCCUGGGACAGGGGGAUUGGGUCCUUUAGAUGCAGGAUACCAAGGAGUUUCUGAUAGAGACUGGUGGCCAGGGCCCAGCUAUGAGAUCUGGAGGAAUCCCUUGUGUACCACCCAGGGAGAGGGGCCAGCUCCUCAGAGAAGAUCAGGACCAGUUCGCUGCAUGGCCCACUGGAGACAAGGGCCCAAAGGCAGGAAAAGACAUGGCAAGGACAGUGUCAGCCCAGCCUUGAGAACUGGGAGUCCUGAAGGCUCAGAACCAGACUCUUGUGACCCUAGGACCCCAGAGGGUGGUGUGGCCACCAACAGCCCAUGUUCAGCUUCCAUGGCUGCUUUCCAGAGCUGGGCUUCACAGGAAGCUGGCCAAAGCCCAUGCCCAGGGGGAGCAGGGCCUGGAGGCUGGGGACACUGUAGCUACCUGGGAUCUGGGACCUGGGGUAUAGAAAAGGUCCUUUCUGACUCACCGGCCAAUCUCAGGUCUCAUGAGCAGUCUUGCAAGUUGGGUAGCCAGCCCCUGAGUUGCCUGAGCCAGGCAAGGGCUGUGACUUCCCAGGGAAAGGCCAUCCAGUGUGACAGUUCCUGUGCUCCUGCCCUGAGUCCUUCAUCUUUGAGCAACGAAGACCUUCAGGGAGAGAAGUGUGGACAGGGUGCUGGGUGCCACCAGGCCAGGGAUGGGCCUCUGACAAGGCUUCUCUUUGGUCUGGGACAUUCUGGUUCUUGGGACACAGAGGGAGGCUCUGCCCCACCUCCUCUCUGUGCCCCAUCUCAGCAGGGAAGAAAAAAGCAGCAAAGGCCAGCCAGUGCCAUGUCCCCACCCAAUCUCCCUAACCUCCCACAGGUGACCCAAAAUGACCAUGCCAGGCAGUGUCACUACUGCAGGGACACCCACUGCCCUCUAGACUCAACUGCAGCCCCACAAACACCAAGGCCUCCAGACAGAGGAAGGGCCUGCCCAGGUGGCCCAGUACCACGAUUUUCUCAGAACUCACCCAGCAAUAGGAAACAGGACUCCCAGGACCUGAGACUGCCCUCUCCUAGCUCUUUUGACUCCCGAGACCUGCCAGUGGCCAGCAGAGUCAUCACACAGAUGAGUCACUCAGACAGUAGUCCUAGGUUCUACCACCCCAGCACUCGCUCUGUAGAGCCAGUGGGGGAUUCUGAGGAAGGGGAGCCAGGAGCCCACCAAGGCUGCUACCGUGCAUACAGGACAGAAUUCCCUGCCCUCAGUAUCCCUAGUGGUCACACUCAGAUCCCACAGGGACGCUUGUCUGAGGACUGCUGGGUGUGCAGCAGCCAUUGCCCCACUCCCCCUGCAGACCCAUCCUGUGCCAAGAAGCCCCCUGUGAGUGGCCGUAGCAGCUUCAGUGGCCACCAAAAGGCUGUUGAUGGUGCCAGGCCUGGGAAAGUGCUGCUGGGGAUGUACCCUGAUGCCAGGGGAGGCCUGGAGGAACAGGAAGAAGACAGUGACGUGAUGCCCACUGCUCUGCCCCAUAGCUCACCAGACACAGUAGUCCGAGAAUGGCUGGGUAACAUCCCAGAAGAGCCAGUACUCAUGACAUAUGAAAUGGUGGCUGAGACCACAAAUGUACUCAGUGAUGGCCAGGAAGGCUCCAAGGACUUUAGUUACAAUCAUUUUCUAAAAAGUCUAGGGGAGCCAGCUCAGACCAGAUGUCAGCCUCUGGAAGGGGACACAGAUGAGCACCCAGAGAUAGCUGGAGCCCUCCUGGGGACUGCUGAUGCAGAGCCCAAAUCAGAAACUGGUUCCCACCAAGAUGCAGAGCCUGGUGAAGUGUCCAUUGCCCCUGCAGAGGUGGGAGCAGGUAAAAGGGUAACUGGGGGCUGUGGUGGGAACUUGCGUGCACUUCCAGGCAGGGUUUCCACCUCCACACAGCUCAUGAAGGCCCUGAUGGGUUGCAAGCCUGGCCGGCCCAGCAGCCUGCCAGAGGUGUCCAGUGCUGUGGCCACGAGGCUCAGCCAUUCAGCCGGGGCCCUUAUCACCUGCCUCGCCAGGCUCCACUUCUCUGAGGAGGAUCUUGGGUCUCUGGGGGACAAAGCAAGGCUCCAGCACUCCCCUUGGUACCAGGAGCUGCUAAACAUCUCCCAGACCCUGUGGCCGGGGUGUAGCCUUAGGCAAGGCCAGCUGGACUUGGGUCUCAGGGCACUUACUCCACAGCAGGCUCUACCAGUGACUGAGGGUUUCACCCCCACCUCCUCCUCUGGUGUGGACGUCAGCAGUGGUUCUGGAGGCUCUGGGGAGGAGGGGAGUGUGCCCUGUGUCAUGGACAGUAUCCUAGUCCCCGAGAAGAUGGAGCUGCCUCUAAAAAUCUCUUCUUCCCAAAGGCCCAAUUCUAGAACCUCAGGGCAUUCAGAGGAUGUGGAACCUCCACAGCCAAGCUGUUCCCCAGCCUCCUCUAGCUCCCAAGCGUGGGCUUGUGCCACCAGCAGGGAGGAGGCAGAAAGGGGAAGCAGGAAACAGCCAUCGGGCAGUAAUCUGGAACAAUUAGUUGAAAAUACAAUGCAGGAAGAGAAGAAACAAUUAGAAGAAACAGAGAGAGAGAGGCCACAAGAAGAAGGUGUGGAGGAGGAAGACCCUCCAGAAGGGGCAGAAGUCAGUGGGCAGGAAGUGCCAGAGGCUGGCUCCAAGGAUGGGGAGGGUUCAUGUGAAGACAAGGGAGUGUCGGAAGAGGAAGCAGGAAAAGCCCCUGCCUCUGCAGGACCAUGCUCCCUGGGAAGGACAGAGAGGCCUGCAGAGGACCCUGGGCAUCUCAGCAGGAGGCUAAGUGAGAGUCCAAGUGGCCCCAGUUUGGAACCUGGGUUGGAAGAGCCCAGAGCAGCUGUAAUAGGCCAUGAGCAAGCCCAGGCCAAGUCCAGCCCAGGAAGUGAGGAGAAGAACACGUCCAUGGCCUGCAGAACACCUCUGGACCCUGAUUCCACCUGGGUGUCCAAGUUGCUGAAGAAGAUGGAAAAGGCCUUCAUGGGCCACCUGGCCAGGGCCAUGGCUGAGCUCCGAGCCCGCUGGAGCCUGCAAGACAACAGCCUCCUGGAUCAGAUGGUGGCUGAGCUGGAGCAGGACGUGGGCCAGCGGCUCCAAGGAAGCACUGAGAAAGAGCUCCGGAAGAUCCAGAGUUGGGUAGGUAGAAGGGUCCUGGGGCCACCCAGGGGAGGCCUCCAGGGACAGACCUCCUUGCAGACAGAACAGCGCCGGCACCGCCUCCGGACCCUGCACAACCUCUCGGCCUUCCCAGAGCAGACUCAUGGCCUGGGGUCCCUCUCCCUCACCCUGGAGGACUGGCCCACCCUUGGUACAGCCCUGGAAACUAGGCUGGAUGAGGAGGCCAUGGGGGAUGAGCUCUGUCCCUGCAAGGCCUGUGUGAGGAAGAAAGUGACCCUCCUGUCCCCAAAGGACACUACAGGGACUGGCCGUGCCCCUAUCAGAAAGGCCUUUGACCUUCAGCAAAUUCUGCAGCAGAAGAAAGGAGAAUGCACAGAUGGAGAGGCAGUGGAGAUGGUCCCCAAAAAGAAAGGCACUCAGGAGGACCCCUUGAGGGCAGGGACCGUCCAGCGAGUCAAUGGAGGGCUGGAACUGGGGCUUAGCCCAGGGCCUAGGGUAGGUGAGGAAGGAAAGGAGGAGGAUGGGAGCCAGAGGCCCAGUGGAGACAAAGCUCCUGAGUUCCGUGAGGUGGAGGGACAGACUACCAGGAGAGGGAGGAAGAUGCAGCUACUCACAAGGGAGGAAGGAAAACCCACACCUGUGUUGCCAGCACCCUGGAGGAAGCUGCAGGACAGGGUGAUGGAGCUGACACCCAAGAGGCACGAGAAGUUGGAGGAGAGGAACAGCCAGAGUCAGAAGAAGGAAACCAAAGUGGGAAGGAAAGUGGUUUUCAGUACAUCAUCCUUGGGCAACUACUCGCAGGUUUGUCAGAAAGGAUCAGGUGGUCAUUUAAAUGGUGACCUUGACUGCAGAGGAGCCAGGGCUGAUGGGGCCACACAAGCAGAGAGAAAAAUCACUGCCAUGUACCCAGAAACUUCCAGCUCUGAGCAAGAAGAAGGCCCAAGGACUCCAGAGCAGGGGACGGGUGGAAGCUGUGACUUAGGAGAUGAGAGGGCAGCUGAAGCUUCGACCACACCUAGGCUAGGAGCAGGGCACAGGGUUUCGGCCAAGAUGACUUAG